UAUUGACCCGGAAGUCUAACUUGAAAGGGUCAAACAUGGCGUCGAGUGUAGGUCGAGGUAUGGAAAAGUGGAAUUUUCUUUGCAAGUACCGAUUUACUUUUUGUAAAGAACAACGAUGUGGGUUCCGAAAAGCACCAAAAAAGCCUGAACCACGCAAGCCUGAUAUGGAGGAAACUGGCAGCAAAAAUGCCUUAUCACAUGAUGGCCGACCACAAAGGAGCAGUCUGACACCUCCUUUAGAAGAAACUGCCUUUGUUGCUUCUUCCCGCUCAUACAGACAGCUUUUCAAGCCGUUUUUGUUUACUGUUGGGUUUACAGGUUGUGCUUUUAGCACUGCUGCCAUCUGGCAGUAUGAGUCCCUGAAAUCCAGAAUGCAGACCUAUGUAGAUGAAUUACGAGCAGACUGGAUGGAUAAACUGAAGCCUCCAAAACAUGGUGAUUUGAGGAAACAGGUAAAUCGGUGGUGGAACAGCUUAAGUGAAGGGCAGAAAACUGUUGGAGGUAUCAUUUUUGCCAAUGCCAUUGUUUUUUGCAUGUGGAGAACACCUUCCUUACAGCGGACCAUGAUUCAUUAUUUCACUUCAAACCCUGCUUCUAAGAAACUUUGCCUACCCAUGAUCCUGUCUACAUUUAGCCACUUUUCAUUUUUUCACAUGGCUGCAAACAUGUACGUGUUAUGGAGCUUUUCUUCUAGUAUUGUCUCCAUGUUGGGGAGGGAGCAGUUUUUGGCAGCAUACCUUUCUGCAGGUGUAAUUUCUAACUUUGUCAGCUAUUUCUGCAAAACAGCCACUGGGAGGUUUGGGCCAUCUUUGGGUGCGUCUGGAGCCAUAAUGGCAGUCCUUGCAGCUGUUUGUACCAAGAUGCCAGAAGCAAAAUUGGCUAUAAUCUUUCUUCCGAUGUUUACUUUCACAGCUGGAAAUGCUCUUAAGGCUAUUAUCGCUUUGGACACUGCUGGCCUUGUACUUGGCUGGAGAUUUUUUGACCAUGCAGCACACCUUGGAGGAGCAGCCUUUGGAAUAUGGUAUAUUACUUAUGGACAUGAAUUGAUAUGGAAGAACAGAGAACCACUAGUGAAAAUGUGGCACGAGUUUCGUCUGAGAAGAAGUGGAAGAGGAGGCGGUAGCUCAUAGGCCCUUAUGCAUGCGGCAGUCAGUUCAAGAGUUGUAAAAAUGAAGACAAUUUGAAAUGCUCUUUCCUUGGGAAAGAUGAGCAGUGUUGUACAGUGAACUUUAAAAAGACUUGUAAAAUUGAUGUAUCUUGUUUUUUAAAAAUAUUAAAAAGUAUAGCUAUUUGAUAAGUUAA